GGUCCCCGAUCCGGGACGGGUAAGCCCGACGUCGAACCGGAUUCUGGUAUCCGGGCUUCCCUAGUUCUAAAGGAAGUCCGGCCCGUUUGCGAUCACCUUGUUUCGGCUUUUUCAGUGAUGACAGGGGAACAUAAAAUGAGGAGCCAUCUUGUUGGGUGAGCCUUCUUCUGCGCUAGGGUUUCGAAAUUUCUCACGGGAAGAGAAGGAGAACGACUGAUUUGAAGAAAUUUUGAUCGGAGCUUCAUUUGGUGGUUGAUCGGAAUGAGCGACGAGGCGAACCGAGCGGCGUUCCUUGAACUUCAAGGACGGAUGAUAGAGACAACGGGAAAACUGAAGCAGGUACAAAUGCAAAUGCGCAGUAAAGAAACAGACAAAAAGCGAGCUUUCCUUACACUCGAGGAGCUGCAACAAUUAUCUGAUGAUACAAAUACAUACAAAUCCAUAGGAAAAGCAUUUGUUUUGGAGCCAAAAUCUGCGAUGAUAAAAGAGCAGGAACAGAAGAUGCAAGAUAGUGAAGCUGCUAUAGCCUCAUUGCAGACUUCGAAGGAUUAUAUAGAGAAACAGAUAUCGGAGGUGGAGAACAACCUACGAGAACUGUUGGCACAAGAUCCUGGUCUGGCUCGUCAGAUAAUGUCUAUGACCGUUUGAGAUCUAAUGGCCUUUAUUUCUGUAGAAUUUCAAGUUUUCUGUUAUAUCUGGUGAAUUCUCAAUUUGAUCCUUCUAAAUGUCAAGCAGGAAAAAUACGACCUAUUUUCUUGGGUGAUUGCAUUCUGUCGGAAUGUACUAUAGAAAUUUGGUUGCACAUUUAGAAAUUUGAAUCCUAAGUUGAUAUUUUGUCCA